AUUGGGAAGCGCCGACAGAGAGUUGGGUUUUCCCAGGUUCAUCUUCAGUCCACUUUGGAUGUAGCAGCACAUCUACUUUCAGUUAGGAGGAACCGAUUUAAGGUUUUAUUCACAAUGAAUGUGUCUGAGAGAUUGGAGACAGAAGAGGAUCUUUUGACCUGCCUCCACAUCAAAUUCUACCACCCCAAGCAGCACACUCAAGGUUUUUACAGUCUGCUCCCUCUGGGCAACAGAAGCAAACAUUCUGCAGACAUGCCUCUCCUUUUAGGACGUGAUGUCCAGGUUUGCACCUUUCCGAUUGUCGAUCGCCGUGUGUCCCGCAAGCAGCUGGCCGUCCACGCUUACCGCAUGCCUGGGAGCCCAGACAUGCAAUUCACUCUUCAGAACUUGUCUAAAACGGCGAAGGUGUAUGUAAACAGCUUAGCCCUGGACUUCUUGGAGAGAGUGGAUCUCCACAGUAAGGCCCUGAUCCGGUUCAUGCAAUAUGAGAUGCUGAUCACCAAGGAGACAGGUGAGGCCAAAGGAAGCUUUGAGGUGGAGUUGGACGUCCUGCAAGCACCUCCAAUGAAGGAGACAUUUUUGUGUGAGCCCAGCACCGUGCCAGUCAUGGAAACAGGCUCCCAGCGGACACCCCAAACAGAAUUCCAAGGCCCUUUGGAAACCGAUGAGACUUAUUCUUGCAACACACCACCCUCCAUGUGACUUACUUUUGACUGUAAGGGGGGACUAGUUUUACAGUAAAACUCAAGUCAUUCAAGUCAUGAACUGUAUUUCAUGCUAAACAGUCUUUUACAUACUGAAUAAAGUAUUUGUAUGUAGCUAUGCUUUA